CAGACUGCUUUCCCUUUUCCGAAAUGCUUUGUUUCGUCCACACAGUUCUAAUCUUGGGGAAGUCCGUCUUCUAAGACUCCAUUGUAGACAAGUGAGGGUUCCGUUCAGUAGCCGUGCGCAACAAUUCCACACUUUUGAAACUCUGGAGCGUACAACCACGAAAGCGGAAUAGAAGAGAAUCAAUCGAUACAUCCAUUAUAUCGGCAACUUGUUAAUGCACCGAUCGUUCCUUUCAUCGAAAGGGGGCCCAGCUACUUUGAUUAUAUUUAUGAUUGGAUCUUGUAGUUGUUUUGGAAACCAUGCUUUGAAAAGCUUUUAUUGAUUUGCUGCCAAUGUAAAAAUAUAUUAUGUAAUCAUCAAGGAGGUCUCAUGGAUUUAAUUUGUCUGUUGUUGACAUUCCUGAAGAUGACCUUUUCACUUUCUAUUUACACUUGUUGUGUGGAUGGACAGAGUUUUCCAAAGUAUGCAAUUUAUGCAGUGUCAUAUGUGAUGUAGGCAAUUUUUUCAUGAUCUAUUUUGUGUGUUUGUUUUUGCAUGUCAUUCACCUGUGCUGGGGAUGAGAUAGGUAAAAAAAAAACCAGUAGGCCUAAAUUUUUUUCUUUCAGAUUUGGUUUCAGUUUCAGUAUGAGAAAUGUUUUAGAGCAAAACAGUGAAAUAAAGUACAGUGUAAUGUUACAUACAUCAUGUACAUCAGAGAAAUAAAAGUAAGGAAAAAAAACAACCAAUAAGCGCAUCUUCCCCCAUUAACACAAAAAAGAAACUGGAGUGGGACUUGUAGUUCUUCUUGCGUCAGAUGCUUUGUUUUUACGACGAAAGAGAACCUGAGCGGACUUAAAUUGGAAAGCUGUUGAUAAAAAACCUAAAACAAGAUGGAUAUAGAUGAUAUGUGUCAAGACAUCUUCAGGCGUCCCGGGUCGACACCGUUUAGCCCGAGGAAGUACGAAGCGGCGCUCAUGAGAUCAGGCUACGAAUCAAGUGCGGAGGAAGGCAGUGUGGACAUUUACGGGGACCUGCAGUCUAUGGACAGUUUUCCGUCAAACCCUGAAUCGUCGGAGCAGUUCAAACUGCUUUCAGAAACGGCGUGCCAUGUGCCAUCUCCAGUCAAAAUUGAGAGAAAAAAUGCGGAUGCAGUCCGUCUUGAUUUGUUCACUGAUGUACUGGCGUCAGAUGUCUCACAGAGGGAAAAGAUGCGAAAGCAAAUGGAGGAAAUGGAGAAUAAGUACCGGCAGCUGGAGGAAGAAAACAAAAGUCUGGCGGCCACUAAAGUGCAGCUGUGUAAGAACCUGUCCUCUCUGCUGCUCACCGCCCGCGCUGAACUGCAACAGAAAGACGAGGAGCUCCACAGGCUGAGGAGGACAGUUGCGGACUACUCGCAGAGACCCAGAAGUCCCGCCGUUGGUGGCUCAGGGUCCGAGUCCGUGCACGGUGCAAGACGAGCUCAGGGUUCUUCAUCGGGGAGAGGAGGCGGAACAGACGACAGGAGGAGGGGACAUAACUACGACAGGCAUGCUGCGCCCGACUCUGGGCCCGCUGAUCAUUACGAGUACAGAACCAGGGAAGAUUAUCAAGUUGGAUCUGAAUCAAGAGAUCCCAUCCGAGCGGAAUCGAGAGACUAUCCAGUGAGAUCCGAGUCUAGAGACUAUCCAGUGAGAUCUGAGUCUAGAGGCAAUCCAGUAAAAUUGGAAUCGAGAAUUGUAUCAGAGCAUUCGCAGGAGAGGAGUGUUGUGUAUGGUAGUCAUCGGAAUCAUCCCAGGACACAGGCACCUUCCGUGGACUCUGAUGCUGCGACUAGUCGCGACCCGAGGGGGGCUCAGGAUUCUGGGUGGGAUCCCCACCAUCAGAGGCUGUCGUCGUGCAAUGUCGGUGGUCGCAGCCAUCCGGAGGAGAGGAGAGAGGACACUUGUUUUGUUUCUGAUUCUUCCGGUGGAGGAGGGGGCAGCGGAAGCCAGUUUGAUUUGCGCAACAAGUUGUCUCGGCGGAGCCAGACCGAGGUACGUACGCUGGUGAACGACGAGUCGGGGGAUAACAACACACGCAACAGUUUAAAGAGAGCGUCGUCUCGAUCGACAGACGAAGCCCCGGCGGAGAGAGGCACUACCAAACCCCCACACCCGUCCUCGGGACGCGACGGCUCAAGCAGACUGUCCCCACCAACGAGCAAGCUGCGGAAGACGAGUGCUUCAUCAAGAGAAAGUAGCAAAAGUUCGGUGAGGGACAAAUUGAAAGUGGAAAUUGGCCAGUCGUAUUCUUUGGCUGGCUGCCAGGGUGUCGCCUCUCGGAGGAAAUCUAGCGAAACGCCGUCACCCAGUUCGAAAGGCAGGCCAGAGAAUGCGGAAAGACAUGGCACGAUAAAACCCAAGAAGAUCAGUUUCUCUCCUGCCUCCAAAGAUCAGAAAACGGGCAAAGUUGGAGAAUCUAGUCGAUGCCUUGAAGGGGAAAGGCCAAGUGAGAAGGGUGAAUCGACUGGUGGUGAGAAACAACGUAGAACAGACAGAGCAGAGGAGUCGUCGCUCCAACCGCAUCCUCCCAUUUCCUCCAGCUCGGGAGCGAGAGACAGUGAGCAGAUGAUGCACGACCACAAAAGCAGACAUAAUGUGUCGGUUCCUGCCUCAAACACAGAGGUGACACCUGGACCCUCCCACGAUUGUGAUGAGACCAGGCUACACCAGACUGUGCCUUGUGAAACACCUGCUGAUAAAUCUGGGAGUGAGGAGAGAAAGAAAAAACUGGAGAGGCAAUCGUCUGGUCAUUCAUCAAAACAGGAUGGUGUUUGUGAGGAGAAGACAAAUUUUGAUGCGUUAUCAGAUAAAAGUCGUCUUGCUAGAGAUAAUGAGAAGCUGUACCUCAAACACAGGCCGUUCAGGUCCGUAAGAUCUACUGCAGCUUCGUUCUUUGGCUCUCUCUCUGACGAAGAAAACAGCUCGGUUUCCAACUCGACUACUCCUUUCACUCACGUAAAUACACCGCUGAAAUCCACACCAGCGACCAGGGAAAGGAGCAAUUCUUACUCAGGAGACAAUACACUUCCUUUUGAAACCAAAGCCUCCGAGGAUACAAAUUCCUCCAAAUCAGUGUCAGGUUUGCACUUUAAGAAGGGCUUUAUCAAGAACUUCAACAACCUGAAUGGGGACAGCACCGCGAGGUCUGAUACAGCUCCGGCUUUUCCCGUCUCGUCGGAGGUACCCACCGUGGAGGUGAUAGACGUGGACCUGGAGGAUGGGAACCAAAACGGCAACAACAACAACAACAACGGCCAAGACUGUGGUGAAACGGACGACGGGCUAUUUACCAAACCCGAGAUCAUGCUAUCGUCCUCCUCCUCCAAGUCCUCGUCCCGCGAGUCCAUGGAUCAAGGCUCGUCUUCCUCCAGCUCCAAGGAGAGCGCGACGAGAGACACCCUGGCGCCGACCCCUGUGAUCACCAACAUCGUGUGUACGUCCAACCUGAUCAUGCUGGGCGAGGAAGAGGCCAGCUCGAGCGCCUUCCCCAGUCCCCACAAGCCGCAGCUGUUACCCUCUGAGUUCUACCCCCCAGGCCAGAGGGGGCAGCUGGCGGACGGAAUCUCACAUUUCAGGCACAUCAGAGGCCCCUCGGAGAUCAUUCGGAGGGUUAGCGUGUCUGAAACAGAGACGUCGGAGCUUCUGUCUGACGGGGGUGCAAAGGAGAGGCUGGGGGAUAUAGCAGAGUCCUCUGAUGAUGAGCCACAAACUGCUUCUGACAAACCGAGUAAAAACAAAGAUGAGAAAGAUCGGGCUUGUAAAAGGAAAACUGAAAGAAAAUCCAAGAAGAAUAAGAAUGUGACAGAGGAACAGCAUAAUAUGGGGGGAUCAACUGGUAAAGAGUCUCAAGUCGACACAGACAAGGCAUCGAGGAAAAAAGAUGAACGGGAUGCAAGUGGAGCUGGUAAAAGUCGCAUCCGAACGACUGAGAAUAAGAUCUCCGGUGAAGAAAAGUGUAGUCGUAUUGAGUCCUCGGAGACCGUGCCCGAAGUAAAAAUUGACGGCAACAAGACUUCACGGGACAGAAAAGGGAAUGGGACUAGCAAGAGCAGAGUUCAGGACAAAAGUAAAGAGAAGAAGAAAGAGAGUAUGGACCAGUGUGAUAAAUCAGAAUCUUUCACCAAAGUACCGCAGCUUGAUGAGAAUACGGUUGUUGGGAAUAAAACGGAAAGAGUGCAAUCUAGUAAAGGCAAAGAUCACAUCAAAACUACCCAGAGUAAGGAGCUGAGGGAAGAAGGCAGUAGUGGUAGAACUUGUGUGGAAGGUAUGAAGACUUGCCCCAUAGAAAAUCCUAAAGGAAGGAAAGAGCAAGAGAAAAGAGAAAAGGCUCCCCUUGUGGAAGGUCCCAAAGGAAGGAAGGAGCAAGAGAAAGAAGCCAAGUCUCGCCUUGUGGAAAAUCCCAAAGGAAGGAAGGAGCAAGAGAAAGAAGCCAAGUCUCGCCUUGUGGAAAAUCCCAAAGGAAGGAAGGAGCAAGAGAAAGAAGCCAAGUCUCGCCUUGUGGAAAAUCCCAAAGGAAGGAAGGAGCAAGAGAAAGAAGCCAAGUCUCGCCUUGUGGAAAAUCCCAAAGGAAGGAAGGAGCAAGAGAAAGAAGCCAAGUCUCGCCUUGUGGAAGAUCCCAAAGGAAGGAAGGAGCAUGAGAAAGGAGAAAAGGCUCGCCUUGUGGAAGAUCCCAAAGGAAGGAAAGAGCAUGAGAAAGGAGAAAAGGCUCGCCUUGUGGAAAAUCCCAAAGGACGGAAGGAGCAUGAGAAAGGAACAAAAACUUGCCUUGUGGAAGAAACCUAUGGAGAAAAUGAUAUGGAGUUGUCAGUCUCGGACAGCGAAACACAGGAAGAGGGAGGGCUGCAGAAUCUGGAGAGUGAGCCAGAAGAAACGAAGGCCUGGAUGCGUGUGGUGGAAAAGCAGUGUGAAAAUGUUCUCAAGAAAACGCUGCAAGCAUUCAAGAAGGAAAUGUUCCAGAGUGGUAAAGUGAACAAAAGCAGACUGGAGAAGAGGCUGCAUGGUUUAGAAUUUUACAAAGCCGUUGAACAAGGACAAGUUAGUCAUGUGUCCAAGAAGCCAGAGUUUUCUCUAAGUGGAAAAAAACGGGUUUCCACUUUGUCUCUGCAAGAAAAAGACGCUGUAAAGUUUGUACAAAAUUCUUCUAGUGCUAGAGAAAAUUAUGCUGUCCAGUCACAUGUAGAGAGUCAAGAGACCGGUGACACAGGCACUACUUCAGUGCAGAGGCUGUGUGGGCGCCUGUUGUCUGCAGCAGAAGGUGGAUCAACUAAUCCAGUCAGCCUGGAGGAGGGAGAGGCAUCUCUCAGUGACCAUCAAGACAACCGACCUCCAGCUAUCUUCCGUCAGAGAAAGCAAGAUGCCAGGACUGGUGCUACUGUCGUCCAACAGCAGUGUCGUGCGUCUCCCGACAGUUUCCUGGUCACCUCGUCCGACCAUCACCAGCCCCAACUGUCGAGGUUGGCGUCUGUCGCAGCGUGUCGUCAGCAGAGUUCCUCCCCACUGUCCCAUCACCUGGAGCCGGACAGCACCAGCGAUCCCUGGACAGACUCGCAGAAAAUUGGUGACCAGUCUAGCUUGGAGAACCCUCAGACUCGAAGCAGUCCUCCUCCAAGGAGGGAGAAGCAUCCCCGAGCUGAGAAAGUCCCAGCUGCCCUUGAGAAAUGUGGAGAAUUGAAGAAACGCCAGUCUAGUCUAGAUACAGGUGAUAAAUCAGCACGUUCUUUUUCCAGCCUGGAAGCGGUGAAUUGUGAGAGUGCUGAGAAAGUUAGUUUGGUCGCAUAUCAGCUCCAUCUCUCUUCUGGCAGCAGUAAUGAGGAUGACAGUGAUAAAGAAAUAGCUGCUUCAAGAAAGAAAAGUAAACCGCGGCUGGAAGAAAAUCAUAACAAAGCCGGAGAAACUGGGCCAGGAAGGCCGUGCCUUGUGUCAAAGUCGGCGAAGUCUUCCUCUGAGGCGGAGGAAUCUGACGACACGACUCCCACAGGUACACCUAAAAAGGUCAAAGUGCGGAGAAGUGUUAGCGAAAGGUCCCGGAGAAUGAGGACAUCGAACUGUGAUUUGGAAAACAAGGAGGAAAAGAUUGUUUGCAAGAAAAGGUCUCGCAGUGAAUUUGAAAACAAGAGGGAGAAGUCUGUGAGGAGGAAGAGGUCCAGUGAUGAGUUCAAAAGUCAGAGAGAUACGACAUUUGUGCUGGAUGAGGAGGCGAGAGAUGGCCCUGACGUGAGACCAGGACCGGAGAUUGUUCACGCCGUGCCGGCUUUUGCCCUGGCUGAGAUCAGUUUGAUGGAUGGAAGCCUGUCUGAGUUUGACUGUGACGUUAAAAGCCUGAAGCCGAUGCCCAGAGCCAGUGACAAGGAAAAUGCAAAUAGAAUGUUGGAAGCCAGCGGUAUUAGAAGUUUUAAAAAGCCAGAGGCUGAAGAAGUAAAAAGUGACGCAGGAAAACCCAAGGCUUCAAAAGGCAAAGUGAAAAAUACACAUUCAGAAGAUUCUGUCUCUUCAGACUCUUCUGUUGAUGAAGUACAAGGCUCAGGUGACCAGCAUUCAGAAGGUACAGAUUUUUCACCAGUGAAGAAGUCAGCUGCUCCUGUGAGACACUCAGAGACUGAACGCGAUGUUUCUACUGAAGAUACCAAGCCCCAGGAAAAUCCAAGUCCCAUAAAACACUUCAGAAUGGUGAAGAGUGCGUCGUCAAAAAGUGAGAUGGUUGAGGGAGAGCCAUGCACUAUAAAAGACUUUAGGGAUGCAGGGAAAGAAUCGGCCAAGAGCAGCUUGGUUCAAGAGGUGUCUUCGCCAGAAGGCAGUUCAACAUGUGCUCGGCAAUUGGCCUGGCAAGAUUUAAUAAGACGGCAGUUGGUGAAAACUGCAGGUGCUACUAAAACUACCACAUCGCUGAAAAAGGCAGCUGAUUUAUGCAGUGAUGAAGACAUUCAGGGAAGAGUUGAAACUAUGCAAGAAUUUGACCACAACGACCCAUUUCCCGACAGUCGGGUUUCAAAAGUUGGCAACGCCCUCAGUGAAUCGGAGAUCGCCAGGGCAGCCAUGAUGGCGGAGCGCAGUCAGUUCAUGAGUCCGUACAUCCACGUGGUGUCGGACGUAGACACGUGCGGGACCCCGACCAGCAGGCGUGAUGAGCCAGACAGUCUAUUCCUGGACAGGACUGGUCACGACGAUCUUUUGUCUGGUGAUGAACUGUCGGACGGGGAUGUCCAGAGUCCUCGGAGAUCUUCUACCGCAGAACUCGGCAAAGAUCAAGCGUGUAUCUCACAGUCUGAAAAGAAAAAGGUGGGCAGCAAGAGUAGAAGCGAGACGGGGAUAACCCAUGGCAGUGGACAUGCCAGUGGUCGUGGCAAUGUAUGCCCAGAACACCAGUCCGAUAUGGAGGAAGGAGAAAUAUCAGAUGACAAUGACUCUAUGUCCCCAGCUUGGGACAACCCUCAGAAGACAAAAGUCUCGGUUUCUGAGGCGAGGCAAGAAACAACAAACAAAACUUGUGCAGCAAAACGUGACUGUGAGAACACACCAGAUGGUAGGCCCAGCUCUGUGAAAGCCAAAACCUUACCCCGUAUACCAAAAUUAAAGACACGAAGUCCUAGAAAAUCUAUCGGUCAAAGCAAUGGGUGUGAAAAUGAAAGUACUCCCUUUGAGUUGAAAAAACAGUUCAUUGCUACCAAACGACGCAAACAGCUUGAGGGCCGUCGAAAAGAACAAGCCUCUAUGUCUGCUCAUUUGAGACAGGGUACUUAUGAAGACAAGAGGAGACUCGUAUCACCUCGAGAAGUUCCAGUCGCAGAUUUAUCUGCGAAACUGCAAAGCUCACGUGCGAGAAAUGCUGAAGGGGGGAGGAAGAGGAGACCGUCUUCCUCUGAAGCAAGCGCUGGUGAAAAAGGUUCUGAGCAUAAGCAUCGUACAUACAGUGAAUGGCAGGAGAGGAAAGCCAAACAAAGUACAUCAGACAGACACAGCAGUGAGAGGGGGUACUGGGCGGAGGAUGCGGACCGCAGGAAGAGGGCUUGUGGCGAGCAUGAUGUCGUGGAGAGGAUGUCUCGGGGAGGUCGUGAGAGUGACAGGUCAGCAAGAGGAGGGAGGGGGAGGGCUGGGAGAGAAUCUGACCGACAGAACGAGGGCAGGAGAUCGUUGUCCAGAAGUGAGGGCAGAAAGAGUAAAGACAACAAAGGCAAAGACUGUGGCUUGGUUGGUGUUGGGGAGCAGAGAAAGUUUACGGAGAGAGGCUUGCAUAGUAAGAGAUAGAUCACGAGGAGGGACGGAUAAUCUGACCACUGAAUGAGUUCUGAUUCUGAGAAAUAUAUGAUCCAGGACUUCUCUGAGACGAAACAUGGGGACAUAUUUUGACGAACGAGUAGACUCUCUUCACAUGAUCAUAGUUGUUUCGCUGGCCACUGGGUGUGAGAGCAGCAGUCAGUAAUUGGUUAUUUUGUUCCCAACACUACUGUUACUUUGGGUUUUCAGACCACUCAGCUUGUUGCUUACUUUCAUGUUUUUUGUUGCAGCACUGCAGUUAAAGCUGUGGGUGGUUAGAGGGCACCACUGGUAGGUCCUACUUCUUA